AUGCUUCUGCAGAUCCUACUCGGUUUCGAACCCCUCGAGGGUAUAUAUACUGGGGAGAACCUUGCUUUAGCCCUAUAUAUUGUUAUUAACAGAUAUAGGAUUAAAGAUCAGAUUCUGGCUAUCACCACUGAUAAUACGUUAAAUAAUAAGAUAAUAUUUAAUAAGGUCCAACGGACCUAUCCAGAUAUCUCUAUUGUUCAUAUUCCGUGUAUGGCGUAUGUGAUUCAGCUUAGCCUUAAUAAGCUCCUAUAUCGGAUCAAAGUAAAGCUAAAGAACGACACAGUGAAUAUAGUGUGGACCGAUAAGCUACAGAAGGCUUCUACCCAGCGAGGACAGAAAGGGGAUAUUGCAAACACCCUCGAUAGGGUGUUUAAGCUUUAUAAUAAGCUAUUUAAAUACCUCGAGGCGUUAAUUAGUCAGCUUAAAAAGAAGAAGGCCUAUAGAAGCUCCGUAAGUACUACGCAAAGACCGAUUAGCCUAAGGCUAGUAAUAUAUAUGCGUAUAGCACUAUCCUCGCACCAAAGGAUAAGUUACAGUACUUCAAACGCAAGGAAUACCCGCGAUAUCUUCUCUAUUCCCGCUACUGGUGCGGGGGUAGAGAGGCUAUUUAAUUUAGCCCGCGAUAUUUGUUAUUAUCGCCGAGGUCGUCUAAACUUAACAACUAUCCAGGAUCUAAUGAUAUUCUCUUGCCUUACUCAAUUUGAGAUAGAAGAUAAAUAG